AUGGCUCAUGCGCCCCCGGUUCCCUGCCCAGUGAAGCUGGGUAAUUUGAGAAACGAAUCUCCAGAAGCUCAGCUCCAUCAACAGGUCAAAGAAGGCAACUUUAUCAAAGUGAAGAAACUUCUUAAAAAGGGGACCUCUGUUCACACUGUCAACUCUUUAGGACAGACUCCCUUAUUCACAGCUGCCUUGCUUGGUAAUGGCAAACUUGUUGAUAUUCUUCUGGAUUACGGUUCGGAUCCGAAUCACCGCUGUUAUGAUGGGAGCACUCCGGUCCAUGCUGCAGCCUUCUCAGGCAACCAGUUGAUUCUCAGUAAAUUGCUGGAUGCAGGUGGAGACCUGCGAGUCCACGAUAGGAACGGGAAAAACCCACAAAGCUGGGCUCUGACAGCCGGGACGGAAAGCAGCACUCAGAUGCUAGAAUUUAUCCAGCGCUGUACAAUGCAUAUGCAAGCUGCUCUUCAGAGCUACUCCUUAGACCAACUCAGGAAGGUGGGCUCAGCCAAAGAUCUGGUCUGUCAUCCCUCCACGUUUGGAGGCAUUACGCAAGGGACGACUGACAGCCCACUUGGAAGGUUCCUGAAACGUAGAGGCAACGUGUCCCAAAACAUUUUCAGCUUUGGCUUCGGCAAGUUUUAUCUGACAAGCAGCAGGCAGCUGGGUUAUCUAGCAUCACUCCCAAUAAUUGCGGAUAAAGAAGUGGUCCAGGCUGACGAUGAACCGACCUUCUCGUUUCCAACCGGGCCCUACAUGAUGAUGACAAACUUGAUGUGGGGAGGGAGCCGUGUCACCGUGAAGGAGCUAAACAUGAAACCCCACCAGCAUUGCAGCAAACUGCGCCUCUGCGACCUCCUCCUCGCGGAACAGGAAUACAGCAGCAAACUCCGCCACCCUCAUCUGCUGCAGCUGAUGGCUGUCUGCGUGUCCUCCAACUUGGAGAAAACACGCCUUGUGUUUGAGAGGGUCACCUUUGGGACUUUGUACAGCAUCCUUCACGAGAGGCGUUCGGAGUUUCCCAUCGUGCAUAUGGAGACGAUCGUGCACCUGCUGCUCCAGGUGAAUGACGGCCUGAGAUUCCUCCACUCACGCGGCUACGUCCACCGCACGUUCAGCUCCUACGCGGUGAUGAUCGUUAUGGCGGGAGAGGCCAAGCUCACGAACCUGGAAUAUAUGAUUGAAAGCAAGGAUGGGGGAGAGCACAGCGACCUGACGCGGGUGCCCAUCCCUUCACAGAUGUAUAAGUGGUGCGCUCCGGAGGUGAUCCUCGAACGGGCUGCAACGGACAAAUCUGACAUCUACAGUUUCUGCACAGUGAUGCAGGAGGCACUCACAGAGACCGUUCCCUGGGCUGGUCUUGAGGGCUCAGCCGUCAAAGAUCUCAUCAUUUCUGGGCAGUGGCUGGAAGCGGACGCCCGGGUGCCCAAGCCCUACUACGACGUCGUGAAGACCGGCCUAGAAUCCAGACAGAAGCAGCGCACCCUGAACCUGCAGGACAUCCGCUACAUCCUGAAGAACGACUUAAAGGAUUUGAUGGAGUCUCGCAGGAACCGCCCCGGUGAAAAUUGUGGGCCGCCGAAGAUGGAAACCCGGCCCGACAUCAACAUCUGUUUGCCGUCCGCCUCGGCUAUCUCGGGCAGGAUGCCGGAGCUGCAAGAAGAAGAGGAUCAGGAAGCCAGGAGUUUCACGGUGUCAAGAUGUGCCGUUUCCGCUCCCGAAACCGAAGCCGCUGCCGCCCACGAGACGGAGCCAUUUGUCCGAUUGGCUCAGUCGAGUCCGAUUUUGGACCUGGCUCCCGGUGUCCAGGGCGCCGCCAUUGACGAGAGCCUUAGCAGCUUCGAAAUCAACGAGAUCUACACGUGCUACUCGGAGCUGGGUGGGGAGAGUUUGGAGGAGGAGGAAGGAGCAGAGUUGGACACAGAAGCCCGGAGGGAGUCGGAAACCGCUCCGGGGGACAGGGCCGAAGUCCCAUCGCCGCCGCCUGAGGAAAUCCAGAGCCACCGGACGAGCUGCAGCGAGGAAGGCGUCUCCUCUGACUCCAACGCAGACGGCAGUACAGAGGAGCUGAGCGACGUGUCCGCGUCUUCCCCAGUGCACCAGGCGGUAAUGUGCGCCAGUAGCAGAGCCAGGCUCAACCAGUCCCCGUUCGAGCAAAAGUUUGCAAAGUGUGUCCUGGACCUGAAGAUCUGUCAGACAAUGGUGCAGGAAGCGACCGCCUCCCUCUGCCGGACGGAGGAGAAAUUGGAUGAGGUGGAAGCCCGCAGAAAGCGGCAGCUGUCACAUCCAGGGGAACAGUGGGGCGUCACGGAUCCCCUUAAGAACUACUCGGUGAAAGUGGAUACCAUCUUGAGUAAUAUCAAGGUGCCCUACUUCGGAGACAGGGCUUUCCUUUGGAAGGCAGUCGGCCCUCCGUCAAAGAACUAUAUCCCUCCGCCACUGCGCGACCCGGGCGCCUACAGGCCUCUGAUCAUGCCGUCUGUCCAAACCCCGGGAAGCGGAGUCAAGAGCGGAAGCAGGAGCCAGGACACCACCUGCUGGAGCGAUUUUGGAUCAGAAGCGGCUCAAAGCCUUGAGGACGGGGGAGAAGGAACGGAACCAAAUUAUCAGCUCUUGCACCCGGGCGUGUCCAUCAGGAGGAGGAAGAACACGAGCCCACAGCCACCUCGAAGGAGCGCCACGGUGGAGGGAAUCAAAGCUGCAGACGGGCUUUCUUCAAAAUCAACGCCUAAAAUUUGUGAAGCGAGUUUGAGAAGCGAGCAGAGAAGGAUGGCGCAGUCCGAAUGGACGACGGAGGUGAAGCAGAUGGCGAAGAAAGCAGCUUCGGGGCAACUUGGUCUCCUGGAACAGUACCCUCCCAGUGGGUGGACAUCGGAGAGCGAAGGCGAGAGCACCAAGGAUGAGUUCCAGAGCACCAAUGACGAGCAAAUCCGAUUCUACCGGCGCAACGCCGAGGCAGGAAGGCUGCAUGCUGUCAGGGGGCUCGGGGACCAGAAACUGGGCAGUGACUACAAAGAAGGCAGCGACCCAGAGACUGUGUCAAAAAGAUCUGAGGGAUCUGAGAACCAAAGCAGAAGUAGCCAAUUUCCAGGAAAGAAGGCACUCGUGGAGUGGGGCGUAACUUCACGCAAGAAUGCGGCCCUUUCUGUCACCGCUGAGAACCUUUGCAGGGGGCAGCUGGAGGAACCGGCCCACUCCCCAUCUUCCUCUCCAGACGCCUCGGAGGAGUUUUUAACUCCUGACACGUUCUUUUCUUGCUCUCCAGGCCUUCAUGAGCACUCAGAAGCCGAGAUCUCAACUGCUGAAGAAGGAGGAGGAGAACGAGGCUUGGGAAUAUCCCAGGAUGUCCUGGGAAAGAAAGAACACCCCAUAGAGGCAGGAGGAAAGCAAUUAACUUGCGGCAUGGAGGCAAAACACCCCAAGUAUUCACCAGGAGGCGACCUGUCUACACCUGCAGCCAGAUCCCUUUCAGAUAUUCAGGACUUGUCCAGCAUCUCUUGCGAGGACUCGUGGAAGCGAACAGCUUAUAAAACUCCCGGAAGCACUCACUCACCCACUGAUGCCAGCACCCCGCGCAGCCCAGCAGCAGCGCCGCCAGCGUUUCCCUCGACCGCCACGAAAUACAAGGAUUGCUCCCAGAUGACCCUGGAUAUGACACGUUGGGACAGCCAGGAGACUUCCUUGUUUGGGCUCAGUGCCUUCAUGAUGGCCUGUGCGAGAGGGAAGACCGCGGAGGCCCCCCUUGCCCCCAUAGCAGCGGGACAUUCUGAACCUGCUGCCUUCUCGGAUCCUGAGGCUCAAUUGACCCUUAGGAGAGGUCAGGAAGACUCGGGGGAAACACCUCCUGUUCAACAGAGCGAAAUCCAGGAAGGAAUGUUGGAAUACGAAGGCGGGGCAGAUCACUGCCAGAUUUUGAAACUGGCUAAAGGAAUUGUUGACAAGAACGCUCUGGAAUAUCUUGCUCUCUCCUUGACAUUUACAAUUGCUCUGUUUAUGCCAGCCGUUCCUGAGCCAGCAGAUUCAGAAGACCAAGAGCUGGAAGAAAUAACGCUGAACAAGUGCAGGGCUGAUUGCAGCCUCUGUACCAACGAGACUUUAUGUCUAGUAGAUGAGACAGAAAGGGCUCACUCAAGCCUUGACGAUGUUUUGGAAGGAGUUCUCUGGCCAAUCCCUGACAGCCACGAGCUUCAUGAAGAACUGCAGGAUCCCAGCAAGAGGGAGCCGGGUCGUCCGCACCGAGGAAAUCUCGAGAUGAAGGCAGGAGCAGAAGAGAGAUUCAGCGAAUCUGAAGGUUCUGCCAGGAACGUGGAAGGUCUUGAUCUGUAAACGACACACCGAAUUGUUCCUGCUCAUUGUUCCGUGUUCUUUUGAGCGUCGAGUUCGAAAGUGGCUUUAAAAAAAACGCAGUAAGCAACGA